AGAGAGGAAGAUAUGAGGGGGGAGGAAGAGAAGGAGGAACAAGGGGACACGGAGAGAGAGAGAGGACCCGUCUGGAUCCCAUUUAGAGGAUAGUAAUGCGAUUAGCUUUGUUUAGUUUUCACAGCUCCAGCCAGUCCACAUGAAAAACCUCUGUGACUGUCUGUGUAGUGUGUCUUGUGUUUGCUGAGCUUUAUGUUUUAUUCCUUAUGUUCUUCUUAAAGAAACUCAACUAGAGACAUUUACACAUGACGACGCUGCAGAACUCAAACACCUACUGAUCCUUAAAAACACACACGAUUAGACGUGAAACGCUCUUCUUUCCUUCUGUGAUUCUGGAGGGUUUCUUGGUGGCUGGCACAAACCCCGAAAAGUCAAAUAAAAUUCAAUUAAACCUGAUCCAAAGGGAGCAUUCGGUCCAGGAUAUGUUCAUGAUAUUGUGUCCAAUAUGAGUCUGAAUGAAUGUAAAUAUGGAAGGCAGUUAUUCAGGACAUUGUUUCAGUAAAACAAAAAAAGACAAAAGGAAAGAUUUAAACAUUUCUAAGCUUUUUGAAAGGAAAUUGUGGUCGAUUUUAUUUGGGUUGGAGGAUUAUACGUAUCUCACAACUACGUACGACAAUGUGCGUGGUGAGAUGCAAUGACAUUCUUUUAGUUUGCAAUUAAAAAAUAAAAAUUCAGAAUUCGAUGCAGUGAAGUUGAUAAAAACACCCCAGGGUGGUUUAUCAGAGAUAUUUCAUGCUAAAGAGGGAAGAAUUCUGAUUAUCUUGGUAUAUUUAAUUCUGCAUCACUAUUCUCAAAAACAAAACUGAAACACCCGACUAGAAUAUGUGAAAACCAGAGAUUAUUAACGCAAAGGGAUCAUGAAAGUGAGAUUGUGGAAGAUUUAUUUAUGGCGGGACGUAAUCUCAAAUGUUGGCUUCACGGGAUGCAAGAAGAUCGAUAUUGUUUUACUCUCCUCAAACUGCUUACAAUGAGCUUAACCCAACGAUAUAAAUGUUUAAAAUGUAAUGAGGAAGUGGGCUCAUUUCUACACGUUCUGUUUGAUUGUACCCAAAAGAAAACAUCUUAGAGAGGUUAUGAGCUCCUCGUUAACAGGAUAUUAUAUGAGCUGUUUUUGACUGCCUGUUUUUGUUUCUGUAGCAUUCUAUUGUGUUUGUUCCCGUCUUUUUAUAAUCUUUUAUUUUAUUUUUACUGUCACAAUAGUGCUACUAGUACUGUCGGGCUGGGCGAUGUGGCCCGAAAAUCACAUCCAAUUUGAAUGGAUUUAUUUUCUUAAAAACAAACUAGGCUUGCCAAACGACAAAGAAAUGAUUAACUUUCACCAAACUUCCCAUAUUAACGGAUAAACUAAAGAAAAAGUGUUGUAUCCAUGGAUAACAUGACAGUGUUGCCAUGUUGAUAAUUUACUUACUCGAUUCAUCGCCCAUCUCUGCUGUGUUGCGUAAUAUCAAAAUGUUAAAACGAAUAAAGUCUUGAUAUCUCUCCCGUCUCUUGUCCAGGCAUCAUCAAGGUGGGGAGGUGGAACCCGCUGCCCGUCCACUUCCUGACGGACGCGCCAGAAGCCACCGUCGCCGACAUGCUGAUGGAGGUCUACCACAUGGUCACGCUACGCAUCCAGCUGCACAGUUUUUCAAAGCUGGAGGAUCUGCCCUGUGAACAGUGGAACCACGCGACCGUCAGGAACGCUCUCAAAGAGCUGCUGAAGGAAAUGAACCAAAGCACUCUGGCCAAAGAGUGUCCUCUGUCACAGAGUAUGAUUUCCUCCAUAGUGAACAGUUCCUACUAUGCCAACGUCUCCACUGCUAAAUGCCAGGAGUUUGGUCGUUGGUACAAGAAGUAUAAGAAAAUCAAAGUAGAUUACCUGGAGAAGAUGUGGUCCGGACGAGACGCUGCUGACAUCAAAAUAGAGAGAGACAACAUGGCGGACUUCUGCGUGCUGGGACAGAGACCUCCUCCUCACCUGGCCGGCCUGUCCCAGCUCAGUCACCUGGGAGCCGGCAGCCCCCUCCUCAAGGCGGGGUCCGGGGAUCUGCAUUCGCCCUCCCAGCCGCUUCAGCAGCAGCCUCCAUCCCAGCAACAGCCCUCGCCCCACGGCCCCCACCACCACAGCCCUCCUCUCCGCACGGGCCAGGUGCCUCCUCCGCCGCCCCCGCCCGGCGCCCUGCAGCCCCUGCUGGGGCCAGGUGGGCUGCUCUCCCCUCAGCUCUCCCCGCAGCUGGUGCGCCAACAGCUCGCCAUGGCCCACCUCAUCAACCAGCAGCUAGCCGUUAGCCGCCUGCUGGCCCAUCAGCACCCCCAGGCCAUCAACCAGCAGUUCCUCAACCACCCGCCCAUCCCUCGGUGUUCGUCCAAAGCCGGCGGCGACCAUCCCGGGAGCAACCCGUCGGCCUCCGAGGUCUCCUGUGAAAUCUACCAGCAGGUCAGAGACGAGCUGAAGAGAGCUAGUGUCUCCCAGGCCGUGUUCGCCCGUGUGGCUUUCAACCGCACACAGGGCUUGCUGUCGGAGAUCCUGCGGAAGGAGGAGGACCCUCGCACAGCCUCGCAGUCUCUGCUGGUGAAUCUGAAAGCGAUGCAGAACUUCCUCAACCUGGCUGAGAGCGAGAGAGACCGGAUCUACCAGGAGGAGAGGGAGCGCACCAUGAACCCUUCAGUCGGCCUUCCCGCCUCCAACUCCUCCAACCCCGGACCUCCACGCCUCCCACAGAAAGUGUGGGAGUGUGGGAGGCUGGAUGACCAGAUAACCCCCGAUACCUGGGCCUCCAUCUGGAAGAACAAGACUAAGAUCUCUAACUCGCCAAAGCCGCCAGGCCCGGCCCCCGACCUCUCACUGAAGCUGGAGUCGCUGCUCAACAUUACGUCCGGCAUCUACGACGAAAUUCAGCAGGAGAUGAAGAGAGCCAAAGUGUCUCAAGCGCUGUUCGCUAAGGUGGCCGCCAACAAGAGCCAGGGCUGGCUGUGCGAGCUGCUCCGGUGGAAGGAGAACCCCAGCCCGGAGAACCGCACCCUGUGGGAGAACCUGUGCACCAUCCGCAGGUUUCUGGCGCUGCCGCAGAAUGACAGAGACCUGGCGUACGAGGAGGAGUCCAGACACCAUCACUCAGAGAGGAUGCACACCGUCCUCCACCUGCCCCAGGACGCACAGCUCUUUUGUCUUUCUCGUCAGGCACACCACAGGCCACCCCCGCCCCCGAUGAAGGAGCACCGGCUGUCUCCGAUGCGCGAGGAGCAAUCAUCGUCCACCCCAUUGAACGAGGAGGGGUCACAGAACAUGGGAACGGGGGCCGGCGGCGGUCCUCCUGGCACCGGCAGCGGCGGCGCUGGGAGCAACAAGAAGCCACGAUCACGCACUAAGAUUUCCCUGGAGGCCUUGGGCAUCCUGCAGAGCUUCAUCCAGGAUGUCGGCCUGUACCCAGACCAGGAGGCCAUCCAAACCUUGUCGGCGCAGCUCGACCUGCCCAAGCACACCAUCAUCAAGUUCUUCCAGAACCAGCGCUACCACGUCAAGCACCACGGCCGCCUCAAGGAGCUGGGAGAGGGAGCCGCCGCCAGCGGAGGCGUGGACGUCAGCGAGUACAGAGAAGAGGAGCUGCUCUCGGGCUCGGAGGACCCGGAGUCCAGCGAGGACGGAGCCGAGGAGAUCUACCAGUCCGCGGAGGGGAACGGCGUGAGCGCGGUGGGGGCGAACCAGCCUCCGGCCUCCUGCGGCUCCAACUCAAGCCACUCGUCCUCAGGGAGCAACAUGGCUCAGGAGGAAGACAAUGACAAGGGGCACGGCCGGCCCGGUGGCCCUCUGGGGCCCGGAAGCUCCUCAUCCAGUCCCAGAGAGCAGGCCGACUACCAGAGGUAGAGACUGACACACGGGGAGGAGAGGAACGGGAGAAAGAGAGGGGGAGAGAAAACAACAAAUUAACUGGUCGUGAAUUGACGGGAGGUGAACGUCAGGAAACCAUCAAAUACGCCGAAACGACCAGACAGACUCUCUAAAGUGACAGACAUCUGUGAACACCUCAUGUGUUUGGAGUGAAAUUAUCUCAGCGAAAAGGACGAUUCCCCCAAAAAAACAUUUCAAUAAUUCACUCGCAAAAACUGUCAUUAACAGGAAAUCUAUUGCUGCUCAUGCCUCCAAUUUACAAACACAAGACCAAAUCUCCACGUGUCGACAACCGGACUUUCUCCCGAUCAGCCAAUCGCCGGAAGAGACACUCCAAGGAGGCGGGAUUUCACCGGUUUCGGGCCAGAAAUGGUUCCUGCUCUUCCUCUCUUUAAGUCUAAGCACAGUCACGUUAGACGUACUCCCUUCAUGCCGGGGUUGAAUUUUUCCCCGCUGAGUGACAUUUAUAGACUGGAUCCCGGGGUGGGGGAGGGGAGAGAGAGACUUCUAUAAUCCUAUAAAUCCUCAGGACACACACUAAUGUUGUUAAUGCUGUUGCCUGCCUGAGAACGGGGACGGACAGCAGUCGCUGUUCGUCCACGAGUUUCGUUUCAUCGCGCGAGAAAAAAGAAAGAAUGACCACCACGACAAGCUGCCCUCGCCUCACCGUCACACUCCAGAAUCACUACCAGCCCAAUCUAGCACUUACUGUUCACAAAGACACUGACAUUUUGUGGAUGUGAUGUUCUCUCGCCUCCCUCCGUCUCUCCUCUUGAGGUAAACUAAAACAGCGUGAGGUUUUUAAAAUUGACAGUAGACAGUUUGGCCGGAGGACAUCAAGAGGAUGUGGCGUGGAGGGACACUCGAAGGGCCUGUGCGCCCGCGACGCCGAGCCCUUCCUGGCGUAGGUGUGUGGUGAGAAAAACAUCAAAAAAGGAAGGACGGAACGGAGAUUCAGCCACCAAACAAUCAGUCACUUUAUGUGCGGUAGUCCACCCCUCUUCCACUCUCCCUCUCCCCUCUCCUCUCUCCAUCUCACCCUGUCCCCCCUUUUCCUCUCUCUAAUUGGUGCCCACAGUCUUGUGUUUCACCACACCUACCCGCACUUAAACUUCACCAACCCUAUUUAUUGCUAUCUUUAUCCAUGAUUAUUAUUAUCAUUAUUGUUAUUAUUGUUGUUAUUAUGGUUAGAAUUGCUGUCAUCGCGUGCUAAUUUUAGUUUUUAUUUCCGUGGGGUUUAAAUAUCAGUUCUCAGAACUGGGCGGUGGUUUGGGAAACAAGAGACAUUAAGAGCGCUCUGCCCAAAAAGAAGAGGAAGAAAAGGAGCGGAGAGUGAAAGAAAAUAAAAAAAGCAGUUACUGAGUGUUAUUUGGUUAAAAAAAAAAAAAAGUCCUGUUAUGUUGUAUUAUGCCAUUUUUAUAGCUCUGUUUCCCAAAAAUAGUAAAUGAGCGAAAUUAAGAAAGCAAAACUCUGCUAUUUCGCCGCAGUUGAUGACAAUCUACUUUUUUUGAGCCAUUAAAGAAAUGUGGCAGGUUUGACUCUGUUCUUCACUUUUGAUGUCUGUAAAUACCCGACACGGGAUGAAUUGUUAUUAAUAUACUUUUAUUUUUGCGGAGUGACUUUUAAGUGUUUGAGCCAGUUUUGGAGUAUCAGAAAAAAAAAAAAGAAAAAAAUCUUUCCUUUGGACAACUCGGUGAGAUCAGUUCAUUUCAUUGUGCCAGGCAAAUUCAAUCACAGGAGUAUUUAAGAAUUAAAACAGUUUUUUGUUUUUGUUUUCCUUGGUGUCAGUUGUGUACAAGUAUACAGUAUGUUGAUAAAAAAAAUAAUAUCGGAGAAUGGAUAGUGUCCACGUUGUUAGACUGUCCUGAUCGGCUGCUACACUCUGCCUUUUGAUGACGAAGUCGACUCCAAUCCCUCCGUAUGAUGAUAUUGUGCUUUUCUGUGUGACAGGAAUCAGGGUCGGACACAAAUGCAGUUCCAAUGAAAUAUUAGUUCAUCCAGCGUUGAAGUGAAUUAAAAUGUGUGAAUUCAAAAA